AUAUUGUAUGUCAAAUUAAAUAAAAUGAGCUCGUGCAGCGUGAUUACGUCUGAUUUUAUAAAUGUAUCAAUCACAAACUCUGGUCAGGAGUCGUGUUGUGUGGAACGUCGAUUUCAAAAGGGUAUAACCAUCCAUGAAUUUAAGGGCAAAUUGGAGCUUCUUACUGGUGGUAACCCAGCUACAAUGACCGUUGAAGUUUAUGACAAGAAUGACAAGCUCGUUUGUAGAUUGGAGGAAGAACAGCGCCUAUUGGGGUCGUAUCCAAUAGACGAUGGAAUGAGGAUACAUGUUAUUGAUAAUUUCUCAUGCACCACAGAAGAUUUAAAUCAUGUGAAAAAGUUUGAGAUAUCUGAGGAAGAGUAUGCCAAAAAGACAGACACUGUUAAGGCAUUCCUAGAAAGAAAUAAAUUGGGAAAGUACAAUGAGGAAGAUAUGAAAAAAAGAGCAGAAGAGAAGAAACUGGAGGAAGAAGCAGAGGAACGCUUAGCUAGUUUGUGCAAAGUUGGCGACCGUUGUGAAGUAUCUGUUGCAAAUCAACCAAGGCGAAGAGCUACUAUCUUAUAUGUUGGUAAAACUGAAUUUAAAGAAGGCUGGUGGAUUGGUGUUAAAUAUGAUGAGCCUCUUGGUAAGAAUGAUGGGAGUGUCGGUGGGAAAAGAUAUUUCGAAUGUGCUCUAAAAUAUGGAGGAUUUGUAAAACCAGCGCACAUAAAAGUUGGAAAUUUUCCAGAAGAGGACUUCAACCUGGACGAAGAACUAUAAAACGCUAUAAUUGUUUUACUUUAUAUUUUCUCUAUUAUCUUUUUUCUAUUAGCAAUUUGAAAACUCAAAAUAGUGCUUUGUAUAAAAUAGUUUUUAAAUUAAAUAUAGCUUACAUAAAUUAAAAUUUUGUAUUUUUUAAUGAUGUUUUAUCGUGU